AUGGAGGCCAAAGCCCGGGAGCGCGAGGCACAAAUAUCAUUGUGUUUUGGUCAAGAAGCCCUGGAUCAUGCAAUAUCUGCUGCUGAACUAUACAUGAAGGCGGCCAACACGGCCCGAGACCCAUCGGAAAAAGCACGCCUAAAACAAAAGGUCAACAGUCUGGUAUCACUGGCAGAGCGUUUGAAAAAAGCCGCGAAGGCUGGUGACAGCGUGCGCAAUGUUGAGAAACGCCUAAAGCUGCCUCGCUCGGUGCGUCAGCUACCGACCAAGGAGCAGAAUAUCUUGCUCCGCGGCUCCAAGCUCCACGGCAACAUCUUUCCGCCAUGGGAGCACGAUCCGGACCCCAAUGACUUUGCUGGUGAAGCAUUUGUGGAUCAAGCGAGAUUUCCGCUGUCUGAUAAACAACUUGAAGUCUUCGCCGGUUGGAAACGGCCCCUCGAAAUAGAAAGCUUCGGGAACACUGAUGUUCAAGAUGAGCGGGAGGAGCAAAGCCUUAUGGAAGCGGGCGAAGACCACGACUUGGUCCAGGAUAUCACAACGGACUGCUCUGUAGUCGCAAGUCUCUGCGCAAGCAUCAAGCAUUUUCGUCCUGGUCCGCUAUCCAUUCUGCCAGCAUUGAUGUUUCCCGUCGAUUCCGAGACAGGACAGGCCAAGGUCUCUACAAGUGGCAGAUAUGUCUUCCGCAUGUACUUCAACGGCUGUUUCAGAAAAGUUGUCAUCGACGACAGAUUGCCAUCUUCGUCGAACACGAGGACUUUAUACGUGGUGGACCGCCAAAAUCCUCGACUGAUCUGGCCGGCACUCAUGGAGAAGGCCUACCUCAAGGUCCGGGGAGGUUAUGAUUUUCCCGGUAGUAACUCGGGCACCGAUCUAUGGGUCUUGACCGGUUGGAUACCGCAACAGCUAUUCCUGCAGAGUGAAGAUAUCGACUUCAAUCAAACAUGGUCCAGAGUCAAGAAAGCUUACGACUAUGGCGAUGUGGUUGUCACUCUGGGAACCGGUCGUUUGUCCGAGGUUGAGGAAGAGACUCUAGGAUUGGCAGGCGAGCAUGACUAUGCAGUGCUAGACAUUUCGGAACAAUCCGGCAUUCGGCGCUUGCUCGUCAAGAAUCCGUGGUGCGACGGCCUCGUAUGGAAAGGAGCUGGCUCACUAUCUACUGAUGCAGAUGACCACCCAACCAAGCUGAAGCCGGGGUCGUUCUGGAUCGAUUUUGACGACGUGGUACACAACUUUGAAUCAUUGUACCUCAAUUGGAACCCUUCUCUGUUCACCGAUCGGCAGGAUCACCACUUUGUAUGGGAGCUCCCAACUCCAAGCAUGUCCGAUUCUUUUGCACACAACCCACAAUACUCGCUCACCGCGACGGCUUCUGGCAGUGUCUGGAUCCUGCUAUCACGACACUUUCAGGAUGACGAGCUAGCCAUUGCGAAGUCGCGCCCCACGGCUUCUCACUUGGCUGAUGUCUCUAAUCGCCUUGGAUUCAUGUCGGUCUACAUCUUUGAUCAUGCCGAGGGCAAGCGUGUACCGCUGGGGGAUAAAUCACUAUAUCGUGGGCCAUUCGUUGACUCACCCCAAACUCUAGCGCCUUUCGAAGCAAAGAAAGGUGUUCGCUACACCAUUGCCGUGGCUCAGCACGGAUUACCGCUCCCAAAGUACAGCUUCACGCUCACCUUCUUCUCGCGGGGUGCUCUGGGCAUCGGACAAGCACCCGACUCGCUCGCGCACUAUACGGAGGCUCAGGGCUCAUGGACGCGGCGGACCGCGGGCGGAAACGCCGCGAGCCCGAGCUACCUCAGCAAUCCACAGUACGCGAUUGCCGUCACGCGGCCAGGACCCUUGUCCAUCUUGUUGUCGACGGCGCACGAGGAGCUCCCCGUGCACAUUGACCUGGUAUGGGCCAAGGGGCAGCGCGUGACGGCCCUCGCAAACCGCGACCUGGCCGGCUCGUCGGGCGACUAUCGCCGCGGCAGCGCCCUCCUGCACAUGCCCCACGUCGACGUCGGCACGUACACGGUCGUCUGCAGCACCUUUGAGCCGGGCCAGCUGGCCGAGUUUACCCUGCGCGUCGGCAGCAUGCAGCCCGUGACCAUGGUGCCCGUCCUCGGCGACGCGGCCGGCAAGCUGCGCACGGCGCUGGCGCCGCUCGUGUUCCGCGGCGCCGACGACUCCAAGCAGCGCGCGCCCAUUACCACGUCGCGCAUCACCCGCGUCAGUAUCCUCGUCACGCCCCCGGACAGUAUGUACUCGGGGAUUGCCACGCCAAAGUCGACAACCCUUCGUCUCCGCCUUGAGACUGGCCGGGGUCCCAACAAGCAGAUCAUUGCGGCCACCGGCGAAGGCGAUUUCAAGGAACUGGGGACCGCGGGUCUGCGCACGCCCGAGUUCGAUCUUGACCCAAACAUCACCAGACGUGGGGUCUGGAUCGUUGUUGAACAGAUUGGUGGAGGGGGCCAAGGCCCCGGCGGCAGCCUCAAGGUAGAAGUGCUGAGCGAGGGGACUGUCAAUGUUGGUAGCUGGGAGACGAUUGAUGACUGA